AUGAAGAUCCUUCCAGCUCUGGCACUCCUUCCAACUCUCAACAGCCGCAAUGCCUCAGGCUCUAACUCCAGCCCCGGGCGCGGCCAGCCUCGCUUCCCCAGGGUAGGACUCGGCUCAGGUCCACGCAACCAGCCGAGUGAGGCCGCACCGGGCCGGCUCGGCCCGCCCGUCCGCAGCAGCCCCUGGACCCCCGCCAGCGGGGAUGGGCGUGGGCCCCGGCGGCCACCGCCCCGACAACUCCGGCUCGGGAGGAGGCACUGUGCCCCACCCGCUACGCCAGCCCCGGACUUACCUGUAGGGGAAAGCGGGGUUCCUGGACAGCGGCCACGAGCCCAAGGGCCUGCGCCGAGACGGCCGAAACCCGUCCCAGGGACCCUAAGUAUCCGCGGUGAGGCAGGGCGGGGAGAGACGCCGGCGGACUGCCGCGGGUCAGCACGGCCCGUCGCGGGGGUCGCUGAGACCUGGCUCUCCCUUAGCACCGGAUUAUAUAACUGGAGAAUUAUACUGCCCCCAGAAUCUUGCCACGUCUGUCACCAAUCCAUGGAACUUCUUAAACUCUCCAAUUCUAAGCCUAAAAUUAGGGGCCAACUUUCACGCUUGGAUGACUGUAAGAACAGGGGCAGCACACGUGGAAGAAGUCUGGAGAGCAACGUGGUCCUGGGAACAUAACCCCUCCCAGGAAUUCCAUACAAUCUUAGGGGAAAGUGCUAGACUAUGAGCACCCAUACUUAAGGAGAGAAUUGGGUUCCACCUAGAGGGUGGAGGAUCUACAUAAAUUACUUGGAAUUCUGAGAUUUUUCUCUUCCCCAUUUAUUUAUUCAAACAUUCAUUUAUAUCAAUAUAGACUUAUGGAUAUUUAUUUUAUAGCUUAAGUAUUUUAUUUUGUUGAACAGUUUGUUCCAGCUGUGGCUAUUGGGAGCUCUUCCAGUUGGCUUGUUUCCCUGUGACAUACUCUCUUUGGAGCAGGUAAUAGAGGAACACAGGCAGAUAAGAGUUCAGGGCUCCUGUGAGUUUUAGGGCCCUUGUAAGUUUCAA